AUGCUGCUAUUGUGGCUCGUAGGCGCCAUCUUCACGCCUGCAGAGGACAAGGGCGGCAUAUUAGCACUUGUCAUUCUGCGCCACAUUCGCCCCUGGGUCUACCUUACUGCGGGUUUCUACCAUCCAUUCGUCAUACAGCUAGUGUUUGUUUUACCAUUGGCCUUCGGGCUGGCCAAGCGCGUGGAGCCAGAUCUUGGUGCGCUAAACCUCGCGCGACUGCUGCUGUUCGCCAAUACGGCAGCGGCAGUGGUGAUAUUUGUGAACCUCUUCGUGCUCUACAUCAUCUUUCGAAACCCCAUCUACCUCGAGGCGAGCUUUUCGGGUUUUACUGGCGGAAUGUCGGCGCUUUUGGUAGCCUAUAUGAAGCCGACACCGUUUGCGACAGCUCCUCUGCUCCCAGGCUUCUACCCACUCGUAGCAUGUGUUACUUUCUGCUUGUGUACGAUGACCGGUAUGGUCUUUACCGCUAUCCCGGCACUUAAGCUGAUGCUUGUGGGUUCUGGGCCGUUUUCGGUGCUCGGUGGGUACUUUGGAUGGUACUACCUCCGCUUCCUGAACAAGAAUCGUGACCAUACUGUUGGCGAUGUUCCACUUGUGCGACCGCUGGCAAACUUCUGCUUCAGCGUGGUUAAGCUCUGCGGAUUCUUUAAGAAGCGUGCAACUCAGAAACCUAAAAUGCUCCCGAUUCUCACGGAAAUUAAAAAUGACCCAAUUGCUGAACGCCGAAAGGCUCGCGCGAUGAAGGCUCUGGACGAAAAGCUGGCAAAGCUUGCUCAUGCCCGAGACGACAGGGGAACUUCAUCGUUAUUGUCUCUGGAAGUUCGCAACGACGAGAAUUAA